AUGUAUCUAUCUAUCUAUCUAUCUAUCUAUCUAUCUAUCUAUCUGUCUAUCUUUCAAAAUGUGUCUAUUAACUAUCUAUCUAUCUAUCACAAUAUGUCUAUGUUUGUCUAUCUAUCUAUCUAUCUAUCUAUCUAUCUAUCUAUCACAAUAUGUUCAUAUCUACCUUUGACAACAUGUCCAUUAUCUAUCUAUCUAUCACAAUAUGUCCAUGUCUAUCUAUCUAUACAUCACAAUAUAUUCAUAUCUAUCUUUCACAGUAUGUUCAUAUCUAUCACAGUCAAUUCAUAUCUAUCUGUCUAUCUAUCUAUCUAUCUAUCUAUCUAUCUAUCUAUCUAUCUAUCUAUCUAUCUAUUACAAUUAUGUUCAUAUCUAUCUAUCUUUCACAAUAUGUUCAUUAUCUAUCUAUCUAUCCAUCUAUCUAUCUAUCUGUCUGUCUGUCUCUCUGUUAUAUACCGUUACAACACUAUCUAUCUAUCUAUCUAUCUAUCUAUCUAUCUAUCUAUCUAUCUAUCUAUCUAUCUAUCUAUCUAUCUAUCUAUCUAUCCCAACUUCUUCAUAUCUAUGUAUCUAUCUAUCUCAAGUGCUCCCCACCUCCCCACCGAAGCAAGUGCUCCCCACCUCCCCACCGAAGCAAGUGCUCCCCACCUCCCCACCGAAGCAAGUGCUCCCCACCUCCCCACCGAAGCAAGUGCUCCCCACCUCUUUAUAGUCGCUAGCGACAACGAGGAAUUUCUUGGUCAAUUACGAAUCAGUCCUGCGACACCCCGAGUUCUCACGAGAAAUGGCCAUUUGUAUUCGUGUACCCGGCUGCCACCCGAAUCCCAGAUAUUUUUUUUUAGAAAUUUUCUUUUUUCCCGAUUUUCUUUAUCUUUGAGCGAGUCAAUUUGGACUAAUAAUUUUUUUUUCUUUUUUUUUUUGCAUAUCACCGCCAUAUUUUCAUCUAUCGCAAUUUCUCUAUGUCUGUUCUUUAUCUAUAUUGUCUUUGAAUCUCUCUCUCUCUCUCUCUCUCUCUCUCUCUCUCUCUCUCUCUCUCUCUCUCUCUCUCUCUAA